UUUUAAUAAUCAACCAACCGACCUAAAAACAGUAAUCGUUCAACACUAAUGGGGAGGUUGUGAACCGCCACAACAGGGAUGAAAUAUAGCAUAAAGGGUAAACAGAAAAUAAUAAUAUUAAUAACAGAAUAUAUGUUCUAAUUUACCUGCAUAUGGAAUUAAACAAAGGAGAACAGUGAAGAUUUUCAUGUUGUUCAAUAUCUCCUCUCGUUGCAACUGAAACAAGUUAAACUUUUACUUUCAUUUCCACCACCAUAGUGUGCAUAGCACAGAUAGAUUGAACCUAGAUCUUUGGCUAGCGGCAGAGCGUCAUUAAUUGUGCGACUGUGCAGUGUUUGCUGAAGAGGACACAUUGUGGGACAACGGAAAAAGGUACAUGUGGAAUGGCCAGACUGACAGGGAACAUUUAGCCAAUGUAUUAUGUUUUUAGAGGGUCCUUUUUUAAAUUAAAAGCAUUAGUUAGCGAAUGUGUGUGUGAAUUAUUAUAUGCAUGUGGUUGGUAAGCUUUACUUUCCCAGGAGUAACGUGCAUUUGAACACUAGCUAGUAGUAGCGACAACCUGGCUGUUUGCUACAGAAGCAAAAACACACGACCAAUGACCAGCGAAUAUUUAACACCAUCAAAGGAGAAGAAUGAUGUUGCCAGUGCCACUGAGAAUAAAGAGGGACAGAGCAGUGCUUAUAAAAAAGAAACCGAGACUCUCUCAAAAAAACAGAGGAAGAAGCUUAUGAGGCACCAGAAAUGGGAAGAGGAGAGGAAUCUUCGCAAGCAGAAGCGGAAGGAGAAGAGGCAGAAGAGGAGCCUUGAGAGGAAGAACCAGGGGGAGGAGGGAGGGGAGUUUGUGGGCCGGAAGCGUUUGAGGAAAGAGGUGACGACCAGUAGCCCCCUGAGACUGGUGAUAGACUGCAGCUUCGACAACCUCAUGAUGUUUAAGGAUGUGAGGAAGCUCCAUAAACAAAUCCAGAGAUGUUAUUCAGUUAACAGACGGGCGGCGCACUCUGUUCAGUUUAAUUUAACCAGCCUUGGUGGACAGCUGAAGCAAAACAUGGAUAAGACUGAUGAAGGAUGGGUUAACUGGAAGGAUAUAACGGUGAAAACAGAGGCGUACCAUGAGGUGAUGGCCAAGGAGGAGCUGGUGUACUUGACCUCUGACUCUCCCAAUGUGCUGACAGAGCUGGAUGAAACCAAGGCCUAUGUCAUCGGAGGCCUGGUGGACCACAACCACCACAAGGGCAUCACCUUUAAACGGGCUCAGGAGCUGGGGAUCGACCACGCACAGCUCCCACUGAACAGCUUUGUCAAGAUGAACAGCCGCAAAGUGCUGGCGGUCAACCACGUGUUUGAGAUCAUGCUGGUGUACCUGGAGAAGGGGAACUGGCAGGAGGCCUUCUUCACUGUCUUGCCUCUAAGGAAAGGGGCCAUGCCCCUGGGCCAGAAGGGCACAGCCACAGAAGAUGAGGAGGAGGAGGAGGAAUCUGACAGAGACUCAGACACAGCAGAGACAGUCACACCGAACACAACGGGCAACAAACAGGACCAACAGUAGAACGUACAGGGAGGACAGGACACACUGCAGUCGGAAGACGCCCCUAAAUGUGCAGCAUAGCUGUGUCCUACUAUGAAUUAUCGAUUGCAAAAUGGUUGAUUUAGUGAGUUUUUUUAUUUAUUUUUUUGCAGAAUUAUAGAUCCCUUUUAGUCAAUGUUUUGUUGAUAUCACAUUUCUGUUUUCAGCUUUAUUUAAUGGAAGAUAUUUUACUUGGAGUGCUUAUAUUAAGUGAACAAGUUGUACACAUCUGCAGUUCUAUGUUCUACCUUAUAACCUGUUGUUGCUGCUCUGCAGCAAGCCUUGUAUUGUGUUUUAUUAAAAAGUAAAAUCAUUUUUACUUACA